AUGUGCGAGGAGUCUGGUCAGAUGGGUAUAAGAAGUCAGGGUAUGGGGAGGGGAGGAUGGGGUUUUCUUUGCAUCUCAUCCACCAGUCAACAGAUAUUGCCAAAGAAAAAGACGCCUUCAGCCAGUAUGUCGGCUUCUGCGAGUACCCCAUCCCCAUUUGUUCAGGUCAUGAUAAUCGGGGCUGGCUUUUCUGGCUUGGCCAUGGCUUGUCAAAUGAAGCUCAAGCUCAAGUGCAAGGACUUUGUGAUAUAUGACCGCGCAAGCGCAUCAGGAGGGACGUGGUGGGCUAAUCAGUAUCCUGGAUGCGGUGUUGACAUUCCGGCCGUUUUCUACAGUCUGUCAUUCGCCCCAAACCCUGGAUUUUCAAAGGUCUUCCCCAAACAGUCUGAAAUUCUGCAGUAUUUCAAUAAAGUGGCUACUGACCACGGUAUACCUCCCCAUAUGGUCUUCCACACACAGUGGGAAGGAGCUGAGUGGAAGGAGGAUACGAGCAGUUGGCGAGUUCAACUCCGCAAUCUCGCCACAAAUCAGUGCUUUGAGCAGGAAUGUAAAGUCCUUAUUUCAGCAGUGGGAGGGCUAUCUGUGCCCAAGCCCUUUAGCAUGAGGGGUAUGGAAACCUUCAAAGGGGAAAUAAUGCACACGGCUGAAUGGAAACAUGACGUGGUCCUUGAUGGAAAGGAUGUUGUGGUCAUUGGGAACGGAGCCUCAGCAGCUCAACUGAUUCCAGCCAUUUUGAAGCAAUGCAAAUCGGUCACUCAAUUUAUACGAACACCUCAACAUUAUAUGCCGAGUCAAAAUAAUACGAUUCAUCCCCUACUCCGUACCGCGUUUAGAUUUAUUCCAAUUUUGCUCUGGCUUAUACGUACGGCAGUCUUUCUCUAUCUAGAGACCACUGGUCCAUACUUUGGCCUCACAGAGGCUGGCUCUGCUCUGCGAAAAGUGGCAGUGGAAAAAAGUCAGCGGUAUAUCCAGGCAAACUCUCCAGAGAGUUAUUGGUCUCUUCUGCUUCCUAAAUUUGAGUUGGGUUGCAAGCGAAGGGUCUUUGAUAACGAUGAGUACAUUGCAUGCCUCCGCAAACAGAAUAUCUAUUUAACGGACGAGAAAAUUGCGGCUCUUCAACCUGAUUCAGUCCUGACCAAGUCUGGAGCAGUCUAUCCUGCUCAGAUUAUUAUCCUAGCCACUGGAUUUGCAUUGCGGCAAUUCGAUAUCCAGCUCUACGGCCGCGAUGGCCUGAGCAGAGAGGACCAUUGGAAACAAUUGGGAAGUAAGUCAGCGUUUAAAACAGUUGCGAUGGCUGGGUUCCCCAAUUUCUUCUAUGUACUUGGGCCCCAUUCUGGCAGAGGACAUACAUCUACCCUUUUUGCCGUUGAGAGCUUUGUUGGACUCAUCAUACGCGCCAUGAAGCCAGUGAUCAAUGGCCAUGCACAGUUAGUUGAAAUUAACUCCCACAGUGAAAGGGUGUUUUAUGAACGCACAAUGACGGCACUUGAUCAAACAGUCUUUCAGAAUAAUUGUGGGAGUUGGUUUAUUGAUCAGAAAAGUGGGUUAAAUUGGUUCAGUUAUCCUUGGAGCUCAUUUGAAAUGUGGUUCUCUACCCACAUAGAAGGGAUGAAUGAUUGGAUAUACAAGGUGAGUUUGGCUGUAUCUGAAUUAUCCAGAUGCAUCUCCGCUAACUGA